GGAGUGCGCCAAGAAUCUCCCUUUCUUAAUUGAGUCGUUAUACAUUUUAAAGGCGAACACGGUGCAUAAAGAACAAAAGGUUUUCAGACAAAGGCAAAUCUGGUUGUAAUGACAUCUUUUUGGUGUAAAGCCUUUUAAAGUAUAGUUUCUAUCUUGUCUGAAUAAAAUUCUUCAUUUAGCUUCUGUCCCUCCACAGAGACACUGUUGAAAGUAUCUGACUCAGUUUGGGAAGUUUUGAUGUGACUAAGUUUUACUGUGCUGCAUUUUUUUUUUUUUAUGAAUCAAUCGAGAUGGAUUCAGCGACUGUUGGUAGCCUGUGAUGGCGAUUACAAUCUCGCAAGCAGGCACUUAUUUUGGUUAAAAGAAAAAGUGAUUGAAGACAGUCGUGGAAAAAGAAUAUCCGUCAGAAACAAUCCUUUGACAUCUCGAGAAGAAAAGCAUUUGGAAGACUUGAUUGAACAACGAGUAUCAGAUCAUAAACCUUUACAGUAUAUUCUUGGUAGGAUAGACAAUCUGCACUUUGGCUUUUUUUACUAACCUAGCUUAGG